AUGUCAUCAACAAGAAGAAUCAAAGGUUACAUGGAACACAAAGAUGCACUAGUCAAUCAAUACAAACAAUUAAAAGAAUCAUUUAAAGAUGAACAAGAAAGAGAAAUAUAUGAGAAUUUGUUUCAUAUUUUAUUAAAAUUAGAUGAAUUGGUGUAUGAAUAUAAUGUUAUAAAAUCUUAUCUUCAAUCAAAACAAGAUAAUACACCAAAAAAUAAAAUCCUAUUAGAACAAAUUCAAACUAAAAUUAAUGAUAUAGAAAGUUCAAUUUAUUUGGAUGAUUUAUUUCAAGUGGAACCAAAAUUAACUAUAUAUCGUAAAGAAUUAAGUGAAAAUGCUCAAGAAGGUGGAAAAAUUAUAUCAGGAUUUGAACAACAAAAUCCCAAUCUAACGAGAAAGUUUUUAGAUGAUAGAGUUUUUGAGUUAAGAAAAUCAAUUUAA